AUGCAGCUUAUCACUAGCCCGUCGUCAAUCGCGUGGACUGCCUUCUCCGCGGCCGCGGUAGUGGCGGCGCUGCCUCCUGGCCAUGGGGCCAGCCACGCCGCCCGUGCCGCUGGCCUUAUCACCACUGCCACGCCGACGGUGUACCUAGCGGGCGACUCUACCAUGGCGGAGCAAGGAGGCAAGAACGGCACUGAAGGCUGGGGCCACUACCUGCAGUACUCGCUAUCCGUCCCGGUCGUAAACAAGGCUUUCGCCGGCCGUAGCGCGCGCUCCUUCACCGACCAGGGCCGCUUCGCAGCCAUCGAGGCGGCCGUGGUGGCUGGUGAUUUCGUCGUCAUCGAAUUCGGCCACAACGACGGCGGCGGCGAGCAGCUAGGCACGGCCAACUACACGGACAACGGGCGGCCCGCGUGCCCGGGCCAGGGCGACGAGACCUGCCUCUCGGCCUACAACGGCACCGAGGUCGUGGUGCACACGUACAACUGGUACAUGCUCCGCGCCGCACGGUCGUUCCUGGCCAAGGGCGCGAGCGUCGUCAUCAGCACCAUGACGCCGACGAACCCGUGGGAGUCGGGCAACUUCAGCUACACGCCGCCCGUCUUCGUCGGGUACGCGGAGAACGUGGCGAAGGCGCUGCUGGAAGGGGAGGCGGGCGGCAGGGCGGCGUUUGUCAACCAUGGGGCAUACGAGGCGGAUGCGUUUGGGAGAUUGGGGAAGGAGGCGGUGGAUGGGUUUUUCCUGAUGGAUCACACGCACACGCAGCCCGAGGGCGCGGACGUGGCGGCGAAGGCGUUCGUGAAGGGGUUGAAGUGUGGGGGUAGCGAGCUGAGCGGGUUCGUGGUGAACGCGACGGAGAAGAUUCCGGGCGUGUGUCUGUGA